GGACACAGCAUCUCCCCUUGAGGUCCUGCAUCACUCCUUAGCUCCGUCCUCUCGCCUUUUUCACCCUCACUUUCUCUGUCUCUCGCUCGCCCCCGCCCUAGGAAGACCCAGCAUGGCAGUGGAGAGGAUCCAUGCCCGCGAGAUCCUGGACUCUCGUGGGAACCCCACCGUUGAGGUGGACCUGUACACACACAAAGGCAUGUUUCGAGCAGCGGUGCCCAGCGGCGCAUCCACUGGUAUCUACGAAGCGCUGGAGCUGCGAGACAAUGACAAGUCACGUUUCCUUGGAAAAGGGGUCCUGCAGGCCGUGGAUCAUAUCAACAGCACUGUCGCCCCAGCUCUCGUGGGCUCUGGCCUCUCUGUUGUGGAUCAGGAGAAGAUAGACAACCUGAUGCUUGAGAUGGAUGGCACAGAGAACAAAUCCAAGUUUGGUGCCAACGCCAUCCUGGGAGUUUCGCUGGCUGUGUGCAAGGCAGGAGCUGCAGAGAAGGAUGUUCCCCUGUACCGGCACAUCGCUGACCUGGCCGGCAACUCCGACCUCAUUCUUCCUGUGCCAGCUUUCAACGUCAUCAACGGAGGUUCCCACGCAGGCAACAAACUGGCCAUGCAAGAGUUUAUGAUCCUGCCUGUGGGAGCUGAAAGCUUCCGCGAUGCCAUGCGUAUCGGGGCUGAGGUCUAUCAUAACCUCAAGAGUGUCAUCAAGGAGAAGUAUGGCAAAGAUGCUACCAAUGUGGGUGACGAGGGAGGCUUUGCCCCCAACAUCCUGGAAAAUAGUGAAGCUCUGGAGCUCCUCAAGGAAGCUAUCGACAAGGCAGGCUACACAGACAAGAUUGUCAUUGGUAUGGAUGUGGCAGCCUCCGAGUUCUACCGUGAUGGCAAGUAUGACCUGGACUUCAAGUCCCCAGAUGACCCAAGCCGCUACAUUUCUGCAGAUGAGCUGGGUGACCUCUACCAAAGCUUCGUACGUGAUUAUCCAGUGGUCUCCAUUGAGGAUCCCUUUGACCAAGAUGACUGGGAGGCCUGGUCCAAGUUCACAGCCAAUGUAGGGAUUCAGAUAGUGGGAGAUGACCUGACAGUGACAAACCCCAAGCGCAUCGAGCGAGCUGUCGAAGAGAAGGCUUGCAACUGCCUUCUGCUCAAAGUCAACCAGAUUGGAUCUGUCACGGAGGCCAUUCAAGCCUGCAAGUUGGCCCAGGAGAAUGGCUGGGGUGUGAUGGUGAGCCACCGGUCUGGGGAGACUGAAGACACCUUCAUUGCUGAUCUGGUUGUUGGGCUGUGCACCGGGCAGAUAAAGACGGGUGCUCCCUGCAGGUCUGAACGCCUGGCUAAAUACAACCAGCUCAUGAGGAUUGAGGAGGAGCUUGGCGAUGAAGCACGCUUUGCUGGACACAACUUCCGCAACCCAAGUGUUCUUUGAAUGUUGUUCCCAGGGCACAACCACCCUGCUCUUUCCCACCUCACAGACUCUGAAGCCCCCUUCCCUUCACUGCUCCCUUUUUUGCUCUUCCUCCCCCCUCCACCACCCAGUUUCCUCUCACCUCAGACCACCUCGAGUUCAGGCAUCCCUGGUUAGAUGUACCCAGGUGAAGGAUGAGAGAGAGGCCUACAUCCUGUCCCUUGCUUUGGGGUCAUAAGCAUUUAUGGAUCUCGGCAUUGUGCGUCUGUUGUGGUUUUUGUGCAGGGCCACACCCUAGCCACAUUGUUGGUGCGUGUGUCAGGCUGCAGGAGCACGCUGCCCAGUGUGUCAAACUGCAGGAGCAUGCUGCCCGGUGUGUCAGGCUGCGGGAGCGUGCUGCCUGGUGUGUCACACUGUGGGAGCAUGCUGCCCAGUGUGUCAAACUGCAGGAGCAUGCUGCCCGGUGUGUCAGGCUGUGGGAGCGUGCUGCCUGGUGUAUCACACUGUGGGAGCAUGCUGCCCCAUGUGUCACGCUGCAGGAGCAUGCUGCUUGGGGUAUGAGACUGCAGGAGCAUGCUCCUUGGUGUGUCAGGCUGCAGGAGCACGCUGCCCAGUGCGUCACACCGCGGGAGCAUGCUGCCCUCUGUGUCAGACUGUGGGAGCAUGCUGCCUGGUAUGUUUCCCUUGUACGCCAAAGUAUGCGCAGUGGACGUGCGUGCAUUGCCUAGUGUGUUUGGACAAGUGUUGCCACCUGUAGCUGUGCCCGGAGGAGUGUCGCCAGUGGCUCGCUCUCGUGCAUGUGUGUAGGUGUAAGUGUAACUGGCCUACGGUGUCCUCGUGCCCCAGGCGUGUGUUUGUGCUGAGCCCCAGUGGGAGCCGUGUCUCCUCCUCCCACCCCGAGUGCUGUGCUGUGCUGUGUUGGGCUGUGCUUGCCAGCAGCUUAGUGUUGAAGUGCACUGCUAUCCCUCACUGGGUGUGCACGUGUGUACGCGUGUGUGUGUGUGUGUGUGCUGUCUCAGGGUCAGCACAUAGUACUGUGGGGCAAUGUAUUCAAACACAUCCGUAAACAAACCCAUGCUCUCAUUUGCUUCUUGUGACCUUUUUCUCUCUGUUCCUUUCCUUCUUGCACUCCUUCAGCCUGUCCUCUGCACAUGGUGUCUGCUUCACCUUCUGGACAGCCCACACUCAGCUGAGCCACAGACAAACUACA